AUGGGUAAAUGCGUGGUGAAAGAAUGCGAAUCAAGAUCACAAAAACAUAACAAAUCAAGCGGAAUCACUUUUCACACGUUACCAAAAGAUGCAACACGCCGUAAGAAGUGGGUGGAAAUAAUACGACUACUGAGAAAGGAGACUGAUUGGGUGCCUUCUAAAUCUACUAUCAUUUGUUCUAAGCAUUUCCGGGAUGAAGACAAACUAGGACCAAAAAGCGAUUGUGGCCGUGUUUAUUUGUCUAACGAAGCAAAUCCAAUGCUUGUUGAUGAACUACUCUUCGAAAAGCCAGUGGACCUUUUAGUAGAAGAAAAUAUGGAUGAUGAUGUUGUGGAAACCGAUGAAGAGAUAGAUGAAAUAACUGAAUCACCGCAAAAGCAUAAAAUGAGAAAAACAAUUCAACGUUUAAAAAGUGUAUCCACACGGAGACUAAAAAAGAUAAAAAAUAUGGCACAGAAAAUUAAAAGACUAAAAACAAAAAAUAAAAAAUUAAAAGACGUUAUCGAAGAAAUGAAACAAAAAAUGUAUGUUAAGUGA